GAGCUUUAGCUGUAGGUUAGAGAGGUCUGUGUACAGACCGGUACUCCCGUUUCGAAACUGACACCCAGAGGGCCGCAGAGAUUUUCGGGGAGCCCUAGGUCGGUGAAACAAACAUGGGGAACGCAGAGAGUGGCUGCGGUGGGGGCAGCGGCGACGAGGAAGACAUAGAAACGGAGAGCCCCGGCUUCGCGGAAGACAGUCCGGCCUCUGCGGCCACGGCCGUCGGUGUCGGAGGCGGUGGCGGCAGCUCCGGUUCUGGGAGGAGCGGAAGGGGGUCGAAUAACCCGCCCGUGCCCGCCGGUGGACCACCUAGCCCCGGGAUACUGUUGGAGCAAGUGAAACUGAGAGAAGCAGCGGCUCGCAUUAGCGACUCAGGUGUCGCCAUUCAGGAGUCUGUCCUGGCCGGGAACGAGGGUGUCCUGGUUCGGUGGCUAGAGGACCGAUUGAACCGAGGGGAAGAGUCUGUCAAUGUGGAACAAUUUUGCGAGAUGUUGGAGAGCAGAGAUGCCCCACGAGAUGAAUGUGAAGAGGCCUUUGGACAGUUUGAUGCAGAGGGGGAUGGUGUGGUGGAUGUAGAGAGCAUGCUGAUUGCCUUGAAGAACUCCAAUGGAGCUAAUCUAAAGGGAGAGCUGAGUCAUGUGAUAAGACAGCUACAGGCGUGCUCCUUAACUCCAGGUUUUGUGGACAUCUUCUCCAAGACCAAAGACCGGUUAGGGGCACAUGCCUCUAAGAUCCUUAAGUUCUUACACAGGAAUCGUAUUCCCAGCAGUGCCAUCCCCUUCCCCAUCUUAGAGGGCUACAACAGUAUCUGUACCAUGAGGUCCAGUGUGGUUCAGGACUUCCUGGAAUUCCUCUUGCAGAAGGAAAAAGAUUUAGAUAUUCAGUACAGAGCAGAGCUGGACCGCGAUCCGGAUGUGGAUAAAGUCAAGGUGGUAACGCAGUGCUACAGCUCAAUAGAAGCUUCAUCCAAUGUUCCGGACGUUUACAAGAUGACAAAUGGGGAUACUGGAUCUUUUUGGCAGUCGGACGGCAGUGCACGCUCACACUGGAUAAGAUUGAAGAUGAAACCUGAUGUGGUUUUGAGACGUCUGGCCAUUGCCGUAGUUUCAAACGACCACAGCUACAUGCCUCAGCUGGUUUCAGUGGCCGUCGGAAAGAACCGGCGUUCGCUGCAGGAGAUCAGAGAUAUCCGCAUCCCCAGCAAUGUCACAGGCUACGUAGCUCUCUUGGAGAAUGCCAACAUCACACACCCCUACAUCCAAAUCAACAUUAAGCGGUGUUUGAGCGAUGGAUGUGACACGCGCAUUCAUGGUUUGAAGACACUGGGCUAUCAGAUUACCAAGAGUAAAGAGGUGUCUGUUUCCGAUGCUUCAGCCAUCUGGUACUUGUCUCUCCUCACCUCCUUGGUCACCGCAUCCAUGGACACUAACCCUGCACUCGCUCAGACUGUCCUACAGAGCACACAAAAAGCCUUACGGCACAUGCCACCAUUGUCCCUAACACCAUCAUCUACUGAGUUCCCCAAGUUCUUCUCUCUGAACAUCCUGGAGGAAGUGGAUGGAUUUCUCCUCAGGAUAGCAGACUGCUGUGUGAGUCCUGAUGCAGAAUUGACACUCCUGGCCUUUGCUCUGGCCAGAGGCAGUGUGGCAAAAGUGCUCCAAGCCCUGUCCUGCAUCAGCGAUCAUUUAGAGACGGAGUAUACGGCCGGCGCCCUCAUCGUGUCUAUGGCCUCAGUGAGACUGCGACUACUUAAUCGCAAUGGGAAGCCCCUCCAGUUGCACCUGCAGGCCUGCGAUGUGAAGAGUAAGGAGGAGAAGUCAGGACCAGAUAACAUGCUGACAGAAACCUCCACUGGAGACGGUUUUCUAUCCGAAAGCGGCAGGAAGAGAGCCAGUGUGAUCCUGUCGACAGAGGACCAGAGUAACUUCCAGGUCACGCAGAUGAAGAUCAAAGUGCGGAAAGGAGCCAUUGGAGCAAAAUGCGGCUUGGUGUUUGCAUACAAGGAAGACGACCCUUUUGAUGCAGAGAAACAUUUCAAGAGGUUCAAGAAGUACGACUCGUGGGUCUACAAGGACUACAAAGAGUUUGUGCAAGACAAUGUGAAGAUUCCAACACAGUCAGAGGACGAGCCGAUUGGCUGGUUUGAGCUGGAAGAAGACUGGAACGAUGUUGAGAUCAAGCUGCAGCAGUGUCGUGUUGCAAAGUUCCUGAUGGUGAAGUUCCUCGGCACCAGGCAGGACUCUGCAGAGCGCCUUGGCGUUCAGUCGCUCAGCUUCAGUGGGUAUCUGUGCCCGGGCCCGGAGAGGCUGGCAGACCUGGACGACCUCAGCCCGGAGGGAGAGAGCUUCGACUCUGAUGUCGUCACUGGCCUUUGUCUGCUUAACAAGACAUUAUACUUCAUUCAACAGCUCACACGAGAAAUGGAUGCCUCUCACUUCAAGCAGAAGUAUCUUCUGGACUUCAGCGGCCUUGGCCUGAACCUCUUUUGGGACUUCUACAGUAAACUCAGGGAGAUUGAGGGAGAGGAGGUGUUGAAGAGCAGAGUCCUGCUGCUUCAAUUGAUGCAGAACUGUUUCCCCAUGCUGCCCAACCCAUUGGAGCCCCGGGGCCCAGAGGAGAGCAGGGCUUCAGAGGAGGGGGCCAAAGCAGCAGUGGCUGUCCCUUCCACGUCCAGCAGUGUGGAGCCCCCGCCUGACUCUGUUAGGGCUGUCUGUGAACUCUACACCCACAUCUGCCACAUUCAAGAAGAGCACUGA